UGUCUCUCUCUGUCUCUCGAAGUCUGUGGGAUCCCCCAAUCGACGGUCUCUCAUUCGCUGUGCCAUCCCCCUCCCCAACGUUACCUGUUGACAGGAGCAGAGCUCAGAACUGACCCCCCUGCCCUUCUGAUGACGGUCCGCCGGGGAGAACGUGCGCCAGUCCCUAUCCGGGAACACAUGGCCAUCGACGUAUCCCCAGGACCAAUCCGACCCAUUGCCCAGAUCUCCGCUUAUUUCCCACACCCUGGGCUGGAGGGAGUACUGUCCACCAGGGACAGAAUGAGGGGUCCAGGGGCAGCUAAUGUAUCUCCCGGAACCGGAGAGGGAGAAGCAGGUGACGGAGACGACUCGGAUGAGAACACCUCCCUGGGGACUCUGGAAUUUGACGUCCUUUAUGAUCCUGAGGGCUGCACUCUCAACUGCACCAUCCUACGGGCCAAGGGGCUGAAGCCGAUGGAUUUUAAUGGUCUGGCUGACCCCUACGUGAAACUCCACAUCUUGCCAGGGGCCUGCAAGGCCAACAAGCUGAAAACACGAACCCAGCACAACACCCUCAACCCUGUGUGGAACGAGGCUCUAACAUACAAUGGGAUAACAGCUGAGGAUAUGGCCCGGAAAACUCUGCGAAUCUCUGUCUGUGACGAGGAUAAACUGACCCACAAUGAGUUCAUCGGAGAGACCCGGGUGCCCUUAAGACGCCUCCGGCCCGGCCAGAAGAGACACUUCAACCUGUGUUUGGAACGGCAACAACCACUGGCCUCUCCCUCCUCCAUGACGGCUGCUCUGCGUGGAAUUUCCUGCUACCUGAGAGAGUUAGAGCCCCCGGCCGGCUGGGCCCUGGAGGAAAGGGGCCGCAUCCUACUUGCCCUCAUGUACAUCUCCGAACGCCACGGGCUACUAGUGUCUAUUCUCCGCUGCGCCCACUUAGCUGCGAUGGACGUGUGCGGCUACUCCGACCCCUACGUAAAAACGUAUCUCAAGCCAGAUGAAGAGAAGAAGUCAAAGCACAAAACAACUGUGAAGAAGAAGACGCUGAACCCGGAAUAUAAUGAGGAUUUUUUCUACGAGAUCGAGCACUCAGAUCUUGGUCAGAAAUCUCUGGAGAUAACUGUUUGGGAUUACGACAUUGGAAAAUCCAACGACUUCAUUGGAGGGGUGACCCUGGGGCUGGGGGCCCCUGGCGAAUGCCGACAGCACUGGCUCUCACUCCUUCAGACCCCCAACCAUCGCCUCGAGCACUGGCACACGCUCACCAACGAACUCCCAGAAUCGUCCGCUUUCGGCCCCUGAGAUGCCACCUGGACUGCCUACGGAACCGCAUCCUCCCACCUUGCCUGCCUGCUGAAAAAAAAGGGAGGGGCACCGCA